AUGACCAGUAUUGACAAUUAUUUUGGAGAGUUUCUGGACAAUGAAGAUAAUGAACAAGAACAGAAUAGUAAACCUCUACAAGACAUGCGUUCUGGUGUAAUAUUUUUAAUUGAUUGUACGCCGACAAUGCUUGGGUUACAUGGUUCAUUCGAUUUAAAUAGUAGUAAUACAGUGGAUUCAUCAUCAGUAAAAAGUGGAUUUGAUUUAAGUCUGUUAUGUUGUCAAACAUUUCAACAGAAUAAAGCACUUCAUAGUCCUUUUGAUAUGACCGGACUUGUUUUAAUGCGUACAAAUGAGUCAUCUGUUGAAAUGAAGAAUAUUAUGGUUUUACAGCCUUUAGUUGAGACAGUUAAAACCGAUGAAUUGGAGAAACGAUAUGGUACUAUUGUAAAUCAACCUAAUAUUACUUUUCCUCUACACGAAGCAUUGUGGGUUUGUCAAAAUCAAUUUAUCACCUGUUCGAAGACAUUUGGUAUCAAACACAUCUUUUUGUUAACUGACGAUCCUGAUCCAGUAAAUAAAAAUGCCAAUUUGAAACGUAGAGCAAUUGCUAAGAUGGCCGAUAUGAAACAAUAUGGAAUUGAACUUGAAGUUAUUCCGAUUAAACAACAAAAUACAAAAUUUGAUUAUGAAUUAUUUUAUGAUGAGUUACUAGAAGAUGAAUUAAUAUAUCCUGAUCUAGACAAAUCUUCUUAUCAUCCUGAUCCAACUGAACGUCUUGAUGAAUUAUUAAGCCGUAUUAACUCACAUGAAUUACGUCGAUCACGUUUAGCUCGUUUGCCUUUUCAUCUUGGAUCAUCGAAAAAUCUCACUUUAGGUAUUUCAGUAUAUUGUUUAGUUUAUCCAACACGUAUCCCCUCUCCAAUAUGGCUCUCAUCUUCAGAUAAUAAAAUUGUACUACGUGGCAUAAAACUUGAUGGUCGUUAUAUAUGCUUUGAUAAAGAUGAAUUAACUGAAGCUGUGCGUAAUAUUGCUCCUGUCGGUUUACACCUAUUAGGUUUUAUAUCACAGAAAUUUUUAAAACGAUAUUAUUACAUUCGUCCAGCACAUUUUAUUUAUCCUGAUGAAAAAUCAAUUCAUGGGAGUCGUUUAUGGUUUACCGCUUUAUUAAAUCGAUGUUUACAUCGAAAAUUAUUAGCCAUAGCUAUAUAUGUUCAACGUAAAGGUCAAUUUCCUCGUCUUGUUGCACUACUUCCUCAGGCCGAACAGAUAAAUGAUGAUGAUGAUGAUGAUGAUAAUGACGGUGCUAAUAGAACUCAAACAAUACCACCCGGAUUUCAUAUUAUAUUUUUACCUUACGCUGAUGAUUUUCGUGAUAUUGAAAUUCCAACGAAUGAAAUAGCUAACGAAUCUCAAGUGGAUAUUGCUAAGGCCAUGAUACGUAAACUUAUGGUACCAUUUACUCCUGGACAAAUUGAAAAUCCAACAUUACAACGGUUUUAUUCACUUCUUGAAGCAUUAGCUCUUAAUCGUGAAACUCAAUCGGAAGUUGUUGAUCAUACAUUACCUAAAUUUGGAGCUAUCAAAAGAAGAGCCAGUGAAGAAAUUACAGCAUUCAAAGAAUGUUUCAAUUUAAAUAACGAGAGUAUAUUCAAAUAUGGGACUCCACAACACUGCCCACUUAUGACUCUUCAGUGGUUAAAUGCAAAACUUUCAAGUCUAACGGUGAACACAUAACUAUUUGAAUUACUGAUAUGGCAUCUAAUGGUAUAAUUUCAACGGCAAUCAUUUUGCGGUAAUUCACAAUAUACAGUGUUUACAAAUGAGUUAAUUGACCAAAACUAUCAAAUUAGAAACCUCGUCCUACACAAUCCACUUGUAAUAAAGAAGCAAAAUGUUGUUUAUCUGAGAUAGAAUGUAAAGAAGCUGUUCAAUCAGAUAGUCUACACAAAUAUACAAUACCUGUAUUACGUGAAACAAUCAAAUCACUUGGUCUCAAAAUUUCAGCCAGUAAAAAAUCAGAUAUUAUUCAAAAAAUCAUGAACCAUUUUUCAGAAAACUAAAUUUUUUUUUAAUUGUCAGUUUGUCAGCCUUUUUCUUUUGUUUCCCCCAUUUUGCCCCGUUUGCUUUCUCUGAAGUGAACACUAGAAGACACGUGAAGAAUAUCAGUAAUGUAACUGUGUAUAGACAAUAAUAUUUAAGUGUUUCACAGUGAACUAUUUUUUUUUCUUUCGAAUAACCUUAUUACUGUUUAUUUUUAUAACCUUUGUCCAUGACAUAUUUUUCUUGUUAUUUUGAUAAUGUCAAAAUAAACAAACAAAUUCCAAUACUGAACAUUCUUUAAAUAAAUAUUGAUCAUUGAACAUAGUUUGUUAUUUUUAUUGUUUCAUAUAAUUUGAAAAACUGACCUAGAACGAUAAUUCAAUUUGAUGGGAUUAAAAAAAAAACCAAACUUGUCUUAUGAUUUUGUAUAGGAGAUUAAUGUGAUUUGUCUUAUUUUUCUUUGUUUUACAUCAAGCUAGUCACGUACAAUUCAUGUACUGAACAUUUCGAUUUUUUUUAUGAUAAAUAGAAUUGUGAAAAGAUUUAGUUUCAUUAAUUGUUUACUU